UCUAUGGUAAUAGAAGCAUGGAGAAACCAAUGAUUGACAAGUUGUUAUGUGUAUAUUUUUAGAUAUUAUUGCUUUAUAUUUAUUAAGCGAAUGGCCGGCUCGCUGAUCCUGACGGGCCUGGGGCUGGCGGCGGUGGGCUUCGCGGGCCGCUACGUGCUGCGAGUGGCCCCGGCCAUGUCCCAGCGCCUCAGCGAGGCAGUCAAGUCCCUGCCCACGGGCCAGAGCUUCGCCAGCAGCAAGUACUACCGGGGCGGGUUCGAGCCCAAGAUGACGAAGCGCGAGGCCAGUCUCAUCCUGGGCGUGUCCCCGUCAGCAAGCAAGCUCAAAGUAAGAGAGGCGCAUCGCAGAGUGAUGCUGCUGAACCAUCCUGACCGCGGAGGCUCGCCCUACCUCGCCUCCAAGAUCAACGAAGCCAAGGACCUUCUCGACAGCAGCAAAUCCUAGCGGUGCUCCGUGCUACUGUUGUUACGGCAGUGCACCCUGCAGGCUGCGACUGCGUCUCGUGGAAGGGAUCCUCGCUCGAACCAUCUUGGGGCCAGUUAAUGCUGUGAAAUAAAAAUUAAAAAAAAAAGCAUAUUUCCAUUUGUUGCAUGACAGGUAAUGACAACCCCCUACCCCAAGCGGUGCUAAAUUUUGGAGAGAGAAAAAAAAAGGGGGGGGGGGGGGGGUUUGUAAAGUCGGAUUAAGGACGAUAAUUAUACGUGAUAACGCCACAAGAAAACAUUGAUGAAAAAAAAAUUGCAUACUUUUUUAAUUUUCAAAUAUUAUUUAGUUUUUUUUUGCAAAUUUAAUUUAAAUAAUUUGUUUAAAAAUAAUCACAAACAAUUAGUUUUAAAAAAAGCCCCUUGACCUGUUCGAUAUUAUAGAAGAUUUUCUUGCACGGUGGUUGGCCAAUUCUUGCACGCACAAGACGUUAUCACGCCAAAAAAAAAAGACACGAUGCAACUGAAACAUAAAAGUUAUUGACUAUCAACGCCGCCACGAGGGAGGCACUCACGUAGAAGAGCUGCUUGUUGAGUGGCUGGUCCUGCAGCGUGAGAAACACCUUGGUCGCCCCUCGCCGCGCGCUCUGCUGUCCCAGUAGGCCGCUCAGCACCUCCGGGAUGUUGGCCAGGAGCAGCUCCCGGGCCUCCUCCCUGCAGCACACACGCCGUGCCGCGCCACGCCCUUGUCACACCUGGCCGCCGUGCAGCUCCGCGAGCCCCGCGUCAGCCGUUACCUGGUGCCGUCCUUCUGCUGCUGCGACCGCGGCGGGGAGUGCACCAGCUGGCCGUUGGGCCACCACGACUUGAUGAACUUCUUGAUGUAGAAGUACAUCAUCUGCUCCGACAGCAGCCACUCCACCGUCUCGUGCACCUGCCUGCACGCCACAGCUCUCACCACUGAUCACGGCACAUUAAACUAACUACAGUAAACUCCCUAUUAUCCGCGCAUGCUACGAAAAAAUACAGCACAUAUGUAAAACUGUAUUUUAUUAGAAGUGAGCAAAUUUGAACUCUACUGACGAGUGUAUUGUGUGCAGUAUACAGUAAAACACCACAGGCCUUCUCGGAACUCACGCAGUAGGAUGGCAUGCAUUGCUAUUUUUGUCUCUGUCGCACUUUGUUUCUAGUCUUAUGGUUGAGCACUUUUAUGUUACAUUACUGAAAUGUAUUGUAUGUUAAUUAUUCAGUAAAAUACUAAAAUUUUAGCAUCAUUUAAAAAUUUUUUGCUGUUAAUUGUAACUUUUACUGUACAUAAAAGUAUAUAUUUUUAAGUUGAAA